GAAAAUGAUAAAUUAUAUUAUUUCUUUUUAAGAGGUUGCAGCUUUGAUAAAACCAUACCUACAUGCACGCCACUUCAUGUUAUGUGGGAUAUGCUGGUUUUUAAGACCCCAGAGACCCCUAUUUGUCAUGACAAUCGGCGCUAACGUUAGCUACCUUGCUAACAGAAACAACACUCGGCUCAGACAUUUAUCCAGCUGCAGACAACAUGAAACGUACGGGGAGGAGACGGAGCUCUGUGUGGGACUGUUUCGAACAAGUGGGCAACUUUGUCCGCUGCAUGAAAUGUGACGCCACGCUGAAAUACUGCGGCGGAGCCACCAGCUCCAUGAUGAACCACAUGAGCAGGUACCACCCGUCUACUACACCGCUGGACGAAGACGAGAAACCGGUCAUCUGCACCGUGCAGUGCAUCGAGGAGGAGAGCGCCGUUAGCUCGGACACCAUGCAGGCUGCUGUCAUGCCAAAUAUAAGCAUUAACACCAACCCUCCUGAGCGAGACUACGGGGAGAGGAAACGCUUAAAGCGAAGCUCAGUUUGGGAUAUUUUCAUCAAAGUGGACGACGAGGUCCACUGCACGAUGUGUGACACCAAGCUGAAAUACAGGAGCAGCACCACCAGCAUGAUGUACCACAUCAAAAACAAGCACCCGGACACCAUGCCUCAUGAUGGUGUAUCACCGGCAACACACGCAGAAGUGACUGAACUCAUCUCAAGAAUGAUAGAGAAGGACAUGCUUCCCAUCAGCCUGGUUGAUGGGGAGGGUUUUCGUGAGCUGCUUGCAUACACCGUGCAUAAUUACAAGAUGCCCUCUGCUGGUGAUAUUACACGCCUUAUUGAGGGCCAUUUUCACGAGAAAGUGGAGGAGCUUGUAGUACAGCUGGGUAAAGUGGAGAAAGUGGCUCUCACUGCUGACUUCUGGACAGCUCUGCCAUUCCAGCGUUACAUUACAGUUUCCUGUUCGUUCAUAACUGAGGACUGGCAGGGGAGGUCGGCUGUCCUGCAGACUCACAAGCUCUCAUCAGACAGCCACACUACUGCAGCCAGCAUCACCGAGAGGCUUCUCCACACUGUGGAAACCUGGGGUGUUGCUGGGAGAGUGACAGCGUGUGUUCAUAACAACACACAGGAUAUCUUAUCAGCUCAUGCAUGUGCCCGCGUUAACUGGGACUAUGCCACUUGCUUCGCCACGACAUUGCAGCUAGCGGUCAAUGAUGGGCUGAGCGAUGAUCUAGUCCGCAUUAUCGUUGCUGCGGGGAAACUAGUCAAGCAUUUCAAUCACAGCUUGCUGGCAAGUGAAGCCUUGGAGCUGAAACAAGUUCAGAUGUGCCUGCCACAGCACAAGCUUGUCCAGUCGAGCAAAGCCAGAUGGGACACCAUCUGCGAUAUGUUUGAACGGCUCCUUGAGCAACGGUGGGCUAUUAAAGCUGUGCUCUCUGAUCGCACAAUCACCAACAGACAGGAAGCUCAGACCCUUGAGAUUGAAGAUGAUUGCUGGCAAAUAAUUGAAAAUUUCACGCCUGUGCUGGCAACUCUGAAAUGGGCAACAACAGUCAUAUCUGCUGAAACAGAGGUGUCCAUUUCAAACAUCUACCCAAUCACAUUCAGCCUCAUUCAGACUCACCUCGUGCCAAAAGAGAAUGAUGUGGAACAAGUCUCAGAGUUCAAGCUGAAAGUUCAGAAGUCACUUAGAAAUAACAUGGAGGUUGACUCGAAUGACCUCGCCUCCAAACCAGCUCUGAUCGCCUCGAUGCUGGACCCACGUCACAAACAUCUCAGCUUCCUGACACCAACGGGGAGACUGGCUGCAAAGGUUAAACUGCAUGAACUGGUUUCAAGAUUAGAUGUGAUAACAACCACUGUGGGCACGAAGGACGAACAGCAGGAGACCCUGGUCACACCUGAUAUUAGUCAGGUGGCUAUGCCCUCACAAAUGAAAAGUGACACCAAAAACACCAUGAUGUUGCUCCUAGGAGACAAUUACAGUUCCUCCUAUGCCACAGACUCCGAGGCUCAGGUAGAUUACUACUUGAGAGACAUUGCUCCAUCGUUGGAUAUUAACCCUCUUGACUGGUGGAGGGUAAAUGGACCAAGAUUUCCCAAACUGGCCACUUUAGCAAGACACUAUUUAUGUGUACCUGGGGUCUCGCUGCCGUCUUUAUUGUCAGAGGCUGGACAAACAUUUGCAACGAUGCGUACAAGACUGAGCCCAGAGCAUGUUGACAUGAUGAUCUUUGUAAACAGAAAUCCCUAACUUGCAUAACUCUACAUGAUUGAGUUGUAUGCUUACUAACUAUACCAAUAAUAUACUAAGGUUACUGUAGAGCAGUGGAGGGAAAAAGGCAGCAGGUUCAAGUUGGGUAGAUGACUUCAUUAGAUUGGAUGUUUAAAGACUCAAGGAAGGGAUAAUGGGACAAUGGCAAUGCUAUUAAAACAGCAGGUGAUCUCCUAUUGUUGAAA